AUGUUUGUGUUUUGGGCCCUGUUUUGCAGAUUCUCUGAAGAUGGCUGCACAGUCAGCACCGAAGGUCGUGCUAAAGAGCACCACCAAGAUGUCUCUGAACGAGCGCUUCACUAACAUGCUGAAGAACAAACAGCCGAUGCCGGUGAAUAUCCGGGCCACCAUGCAGCAGCAGCAGCUGGCCAGCGCCCGAAACAGACGCCUGGCCCAGCAGAUGGAGAACAGACCGUCUGUGCAGGCUGCUCUGAAGCUCAAACAGAAGAGCUUGAAGCAACGCCUCGGGAAGAGCAACAUCCAGGCGAGGCUGGGCCGGCCGGUGGGGACGCUGGCCCGUGGAGCUCUGGGUGGCCGGGGCCUGGCACUGGGACAGCGRGGGAUGCCCCGGGGGGCUCUGCGGGGCCGCGGCGCCCGGGCCAUGAUCCGAGGAGGGGUCGCGCUCCGAGGUCAAGCCCUGCUCCGAGGAGGGAGAGGGAUUGCCCCCCGGAUGGGCCUGAGGAGAGGCGGGAUCAGGGGCCGUGGGGGCCCGGGAAGAGGCGGCGUGGGCCGGGGCGCCAUGGGCCGGGGAGGGAUCGGCGGCAGAGGUCGCGGCAUGGCCGGCCGGGGCCGGGGCGGUUUCGGCGGGCGUGGCAGAGGCCGGGGCCGCGGCAGAGGCUCGGCACGGCCAGCGCUGACCAAGGAGCAGCUGGACAACCAGCUGGACGCCUACAUGUCCAAAACCAAGGGACAUCUGGACGCCGAGCUGGACGCGUACAUGGCACAGACGGAUCCCGAGGCCACCGACUGAGGGGCCGGGACUGCCGGGGGCGGGGGGUGCUCGUUCCGUCGGGAGCUACGGUGGGAAUCCCCGAUGGAAAAAAUGCAGACUUAGUGUGUUCUUCGAUGUUUUGAUACUCUCUGUUGUAUUAAACUUUUUUUGGAUUGUU